CCUUUCGUUCUCCACCUUCUAUUUCCAUCUUGCUCUUCUAACAUCCCUUAAUAACACCACGCCACUCUUUCUCUCUUGAUUCUCUCUUUCUUUUUCUCUCUCUCUUUCGAUCGAUCGAUCGUUCUUUCUCUUUUCAUUGCUUCCAUUUUUCUCCGCAAACACUUCCCUCGUUAUUCAACCAAUCCCCUCCUUUGGCACGCCACCGCUAAUUUCCACGCGAUGGCGCCCCAUCUCUGGUCCUGCUUCUCCAGCAAGGGCUCCAACCGCCGCGACGGCAUCGCAGAGCGCCGCGUAAGCACGGCGGACGUCGCUUCGGAAUCGAGUCGCGGCGGCGGGGGCCAGGGGGCUGUGGUGGUGGAGAUGUUCUCGUCGCAGGGGUGUGCGACGUCGCCGGAGGCGGAGCUGGUGCUGUCGCGGUUGGGGAGGGGGGACUUCGAGCUGGAGGUGCCGGUGGUGGUGCUGAUCUUCCACGUGGACUAUUGGGACUACGUGGGAUGGAAGGACCCCUUUGGGUCGAGCCAGUGGACCGUUCGGCAGAAGGCCUAUGUUGAGGCCCUUGGGCUUGACACCAUCUUCACGCCCCAGGUUGUGGUCCAGGGCAAGGCCCAUUGCAUCGGAAAUGACGAGAAUGCCCUUAUCGAAACCAUCACUAAUGCUCCUAGAUUUCCUGCUCCUACCCUUCAGGCAACUUUCACCAAGCCUGCACCAGAUUCAUUGCAAGUGUCUCUAACAGGAGCAUUGAGGACUAGGGUGGAUGGAAGUGGCGCUAAUGUCAUGGUAGCAUUAUAUGAAAGUGGUUUGGUCACUGACGUUCCAAGAGGGGAGAACAAAGGACGUGUUGUAUCCAAUGACUAUGUUGUCAGAAAGCUCGAAAAACUAUGCACUGUCAAAGACAUCUCUCACAAGAAAACAGUAUCAGGAACAGUUAAUUUUCCCUUGUGGGAAGGAUUCAACAGCAGCAAAUGUGGUUUGGCUGUCUUUGUUCAGGACACCUCUCACCAGAUUUUGGGUUCACAGAGUUUUCAACUUCCGGAAGAUAUAUGAUUUCGAUUUUAGUUUUAUUUGUGAUGCUGUUAUCACGUUCCAGUUACAAUGGUGUUUGCUAAUUAGGCUAUGUGUACAGGUUGUGUUACGAUUUAGAAUAAUGUUGUUUUCUUUUUUCUUUUUUAUCACAAUUUUUUGCUGUGUAAUUUAGUCUUUCUUACUGUUAUUGACUAGAUGAAGAGAGAAGUUUAAACUUGUGGCUUGAACAAUUCUAUUGAUUGGAUUUUUAAAUUUGCACUAAUAUUGAAUC